CUACUUCACCAUGGACACAUGCUGGAUCAAGUGACCACAGUUCAACUUGGUGAACCUGUAACUUUGACAUGUGUUUUACCUCCUGGUGAUUUAAGCAGUAAAAUUCACUGGUACAAGCAGAGAGCAGGGGAAGCUCUCAAACUGAUUGCGACACUGCGGCAAGCUACACAUCCUCAGUAUGGACAAGGGUUUAAUGCCUCAAGAUUGGAAGCAAAAGACAAUAAAAACAUCAGCAGUCUGACCAUAUUCAGGACAAUCCCAGAAGAUGAAGGAAUGUAUCACUGUGCAGUCAUGGAAUGGGAUGUGAAUGCUUGGAGUGGGACAUAUUUGUUAUUAAAAGGAAACACCCAGAGACACGUUACUGUUCGUCAGUGGCCAACAGUAUUAGAUUCAGUCCAUGCAGGGGACUCUGUGUCUCUCAACUGUUCAGUCCUCUCAGACUCUGAUAACAAGAUGUGUCCUGGAGAUGUCAGAGUCCUCUGGUUCAGAGGACAAAACUCUCAUCCAAAUAUCAUCUAUGUUGAUGGAAAGAACCAAACUGAAUGUAAGAAGCAAUCAGACACUCAGAAGAGCUGUGUUUAUCGCUUCUCUAAGACGGUCAGCUCCUCUGAUGCUGGGACUUACUACUGUGCUGUUGUCACAUGUGGAACGAUAUUAUUUGGAGAUGGAACUAAACUGCAAAUUGGUAACACAAAAGUACAAAUGCGCAUAACAUGUUGGGAAUUUAUUGCGCUGGUAAUAGCAACAAUCUGCCUGCUCAUUUCAGUGAUUGUAAAUAUUGUUUUCACCUGUUUCGGAAGACCAAGACUAACAUGUAAUAAAUUUAAAGAAUGA